AUGGCAGACACGAUGCAAACAAAUGGCCGUGCGUGCCUCCUCGGACCAGGCAACAACAAUCGUAUUUUGACUCGUUCCACUCGUAAAAAGAAGACUACAAUGCUUUCACCGAAGAAGUUUUGCGAUCAUAUUCUCGGUAAGACCACAAACAAAAGUUUCGAAGCUGGAAUCGCCGAAUUGUACAAGGAAUGCUACUUAGAGUCGCCCACAUUCCUCACCUAUUUCAAGGCGCCGAAAGAGAAGAAUUUCUCGGAAUCUGUCUGGUUGUACGAUUCAACUCGUGUCAUCGUACCAGAAGUUGAAUAUUAUCACGCUUCCUGGGUGGAUGGUUUCAAGCCAAACCAAUACAUUCUUGCACAAGCUCCAAAAGAUGCUGAUGCCGCCAAGGACUUUUUCAAGAUCUUGCAUCACGUCAAAGCGGAAGGAUUGAUUAUUGCAGAGACUGCUGAGGAAUUCUCAACUCACAUUUCUACAAAGUUCGAAAAGGGAGCCGGAAAGAAAGGGGGUGAAAAGACAAGUGACGAUGUCUCGAGUACUGUCAUCAAGGAUCAUGGACUCAAUCUGAAGGCAGUGAAGUUCAAUCGUGCCGAUCAAAUGUCUGCUCAAGAUCUCGUUGAAAUGUUGGAGAAGGCACGCAAGUAUCUGGGAUGUCCCCUCAAAGGACCUCUAGUUAUUGUAUGCAAGGAUGGAGCAACCAAAAGUGGGGUCGUGGCAUUCAUCGACACGGAAUCCGAUCGUUUGGCCAAGAAUGGGCGUGUCAAGCAUACAGACACAAUCAAACAUAUCAGAUUGAUGAGAAGUAAUACUUUCGACUCGUUUGAAAUUUACGAUCUCGGAAUCAAUGCAAUCAUUGAACUGUGCAAUAGACAUAAAAAGAAAUAG